CUAAAUCCUCACUAGUACUAGUAGGCUAGUAGCAAACAAUUUGCAGGUCUUGUGUAGCUCGAAAACCGUGCUGCUUUUGUCAAAGCAUGGAGACAGCAAGUACACAAAGCACUCACGGGUGCAUUAUAUAUGCAUAUGACAUGGGUCCCCAGCCAGAGAGAUCUUGUGACUUCACUAGAAUCCCCCAGUCUCCCCUUCAGUUGCAGCAUCAUGCUAACCCUCUGCUAGUGGUAGAGUUCUAGGAACAGAAAACCACAACCACGAGCAACACAGAUGGCUUCCUAUGGUAAUGGCCAGAAUGGUUUGGAGCUUGGCAUCCAGAAGCCAGCCAUUGGAAGCAACACAGGGUUGGAGCCUAACAUAUCUGUAGCAUCAAGAUGUCCACGGUUGGAACUGGCCAUGGUGGUAACGAGAGCUGCAGCCCUCUUGAUGGCGCUACUCUCGAUGUCGCUAAUGAUCUCUGCCAAGCAACGGGGUAGUUUCAUCAUCUUUGGCAUUCAGAUUCCACUGUAUGCCAACUGGUCCUUCUCUGAUUCCCUGGAAUCCUUGGUUGGAAUAUCUGCAGCAGCGGCUACCUACUCUCUUGCACAACUUCUGUUGAUUGCACACAAGGCCUUGAAGAAAGUCCAUGUGGUUCCGACCAGGCGCUAUGCCUGGAUGCUGUUAGCUGGUGACCAGGUCUUUGCUUAUGCGAUGAUGAGCGCAGGAUCAGCAGCAGCAGCGGUCGCCAAUUUGAACCGCACCGGCAUCCAGCACACAGCGCUUCCCAACUUCUGCAAGCCUUUGCCACGCUUCUGCGACCUCUCUGCAGCCUCCAUCGCUUGUGCCUUUGUCAGUUGCUGCUUCUUUGCAGCAUCCACGAUUAUGGAUGUUAUGUGGCUGUCAAAUCUGUGAUUGUGUGAGAUGGUAUCAAACUAACUGGUAGUCCCUCCUUUCCGAGGAGUUCAUCUUUCUGGGUGCUGUUCCUUUAAGACGAUG